AUGGAAGCCCUAACAGCGAUUGGCUUGAUCGCCAAUAUCAUUCAGUUUGUCGAUCUCGGCGCAAAGCUGGUCGGCUCUGCGAGGGAAAUGCGCGACUCUGCCAGCGGCAUGACGUUGGAGAACAAGAGUCUGGAGGAAGUUACCAUUCAGAUGCGCGAUCUAAGUUCGAGCCUGGACCCUCCCACCACGGACGCGGAAAGCUACGAUGAACGAGUCCUUCGUCAAUUAGCUCAGGAGUGCCGUGAGCUGUCAGACCAGAUCCUCCGCCUUCUGAAGAAGAUUGCUCCAACUAGGCCAGGCUCGAAGCGUCAAAUCGCAGGCUCAUUGAUAAAGAAUCAUCAGUACAGAAAAGAGAAGAAAGAACUCGGAGAGAAGCUAGCAGACUGCCGUAACCGGCUGCAUCUGCAAUUCGACAAGUUCACAAGUUCGAAAGUACAUGCGCAGCUCCAGGCCCUUGGAAAUCAUGCGCAAUCAAACCAAGCAAUCUUGCAAACGUUACCGCAACAGAUCGAGCGUAUUCGCCGAGGCACAUGUGUUGCUUCCUUGGGUGUUGAAGCCCUAGAUCAGUUGAAAGACCUACUUGGAUUGACGGAAGUAGCUCAAGAAUCGGUCGUAGCUCGGAGUUUCCUCAAUGACCUUGCGUUUGAAGGAAUGGAGGCCAGAGUUGAUGUCAUUGCGAAAGAGCACAGCGAGACCUUUCGAUGGAUCGUGGAGCAAGAUGCAGACGUCGACGAUGUCACAUUGCAGACUAACGCUCGCGAAAAAUACCUUUCAUGGCUACAUCAUGCUUGUGGAAUCUUCCAUAUCGCGGGAAAGCUGGGGUCGGGCAAAUCCACACUCAUGAAAUUCCUGUACAAGCAUCCGGAAACACGUAAACAGCUGUUGGCGUGGGCAGAUAAUAAAACGCUUGUGAUGGCAAGCCACUUCUUCUGGAAACCCGCGAAACUGCGAUUACAAAAGUCACUCAACGGAUUGGAGAGAUCGUCACUUUAUCAACUGUUGUUAUCCCACCAGGAGUUGACGAAGAAGGCAUUCCCAGAGAUUUGGGAACAUCGGAUGAGCAUCAAAGACGGUCGGAUGGAGCUACCACAUAGCCUCUCCCCGGAUGAAAUUCGCGAUGGCUUCAUGGCCCUCCUACGGGAUGAAACCGUUCAGCAAUCAUAUCGAUUCUGUUUCUUCAUCGACGCUUUGGAUGAGUACGAGGACAUACCCCAAUACGAUCAGAAAUACAUGGUCGACACACUUCGCAAAUGGACACAGAUCUCUCCAAGCUCCAUCAAGCUAUGUGUAUCCAGCCGGGAAGAGAAUGUGUUUGAGAACGCUUUUGCUGGAGAUCCAAGGAUACGAUUACAGGAUCUCACCAGGCACGAUAUGGAGUGUUUCGUACGUUCUAGGCUCGAAUCUGUGCAAGACUACAACACCCAAGAACGUCUUACAAGUGAGAUUGUCAAGAAGUCAGAUGGCAUCUUCUUCUGGGUUGUACUCGUCGUCAAACAGCUCCGCCAAGCGUUGGAGGACGGUCAUGAUGCCUCUUUUUUUGAAAGGGAGUUGGCCAAACUGCCUACUGAGUUGAAGGAGCUGUUCAAUCAUCUUCUCGACUCUAUCUCCCAAAUCUGUAGGGAAAGAGCGCAUCAAAUCUUUGCUAUGGUGCUAAAACACGAGACUUUGCCGAUCAAACUAUCGCUACUGUCUUGUCUACACCUUGAUGCAAAUGAAAUGAACGCACUGUCAUCGGUGGAGGAGCCUUCUAUAUUGCCUGUCAUGGACUACCAAGACGGACAAGACCCACAAAAAUGGUACGAAGAGCAUGAAAAAAAAGCUCGGAGACAACUACAUGGGUAUUGUAGGGGACUGGUCGAGGAUCGAGACCACCCUGAAGUCUGCAAGCAAGAAGGGGGGUCCGAGGACCCCAGACCUGAACCCGACCCUUCUAAACCCGCUGGAUCGAGAUGCAUUCUGUUCGUACAUCGCACUGUUAUCGAAUUUCUUGAAGAAUCAUCAAUCCUGAAGCAUGGAUUGGGCGAGUUCGAUGCGAUUGAAGCAAUCUCACAGUCGCAUUUGGCAGAAUUCCAACGCAUACCUUCUUCUCUUAUCAACCCGCUGUACUGGACAUACCUAUACGGUAGAAUCAUCGAGCUACGGUUUCACUCUGGAAAAGAUAGGUCGCAGGGCGACUUCCUUGUGCAGCUGGAGCAUUUGAUCUCACGAAAAUUCCCGGAUUGGCUGGAGAAAGAGCUACCUCCCUCCGAGGAAUGCGUCGACGAUGCUGCAGACGAGGAACUCGGCCACAACGCCUCAAUGGAGCAGCUGGUGAAGUUGUGGCAUCUCGAGAACGAGCGAGAAAUUCUCGAAUUGCUAGAACAGGAGCGUAGGGCAAUGGACAGCAAAGAACAAGCCGCGGACCUGGUCGUCACGGCCAAGGAAACCUCCGAGAAAAGCUCGUCCGAUAGCACUCCAGCUUUCGACACAGCGUCUAGGUCGCUUGAGAGGGUCGACAGUGUAGCCGAGAUUCGAAGCGAAAGCGGCGUAACAGCGUCUUGUCUGCCCGUCGAAACCAAAGCAGACGUCGAUCCACCCCAACCCAAGGCCGCCAAAACCCGCUCUAUUCAUGCAUUGGGUAUCGCGACAAUCAUCACUCUUCUAGUGUUGCUGUUAGCUUUCCUCAUCGCCCACCAAGACUAUUGGGUUCGAUAG